UACGAGGCAAUGCCUCUUUUUUUGGGGAAUUUUCUUUUCUUAAUUUUUCAAAAAGAGUCACACCUUAAUAAGACUCAGUUAAGACCCGUUAUAGUUAUGACCACUAAAGGCACCUACUAACACAGUUACAGAAAUGUUUACGAAAAAUCAUGCGAAAUUUUUUGAAACUGCAAAGCAACGGUCGUGUUCUCAAAUGACAGGCCAAACUACUUCAAGAGCAUCUUACCUAACCAAACUAAAAUAACAAAUCUCACGCACCUCAUAGCUUCGGGUUUGUUCCAAACCUGAUUUUCUACCGUUGUACCGAACCUAAAACAAAAAUAAUACAAAAAUAUCUCUAUCUUUCCUUCCCCCAUAUUACCGUUCACUAUCCCACUCACGCCCCAACCUUUCAUCAACAGACCUCUCUCUCUUUCUCUCUCUUAAAAAACAGAACAGAAGAAGAACAAAAAUGGUGUCCAAGAUACUAAAGAAAACCCCAACAAAACCCACAAAAGAUCGUCGAAACCAUCGCCGUAGAAGAAAGAGUACACCCCUCAAGAACGUAACAAAUGCAACUUCAUUCUUCAUCGCGUCGAUUAACAAAUCGAUUUAUACAUGUCAACGUCGUCUCAUCAAAAUCUUUACAAAGUUCACAAACAUUGGAACCCCUAAUCGUCGAAAGCAAGGGUUUCAUAUCCUGAAGAAAUGCCCAAUCAGCAAAGACGAAGAAGAGAAACAACAAUUACUCGGAAAAGAUAAUAAUAACCAUAUCCGCCGAUCAUUAAAUUUCAACAAUGUCUUCGUUCUUCCGCCAUCUUUGUUACCUGAAAGAAGAACGAUCUUUCUUGAUUUAGAUGAAACAUUGAUUCAUUCAACAACUGAUCCGUCUCCAGAACGGUUCGAUUUCAUUGUUCGACCUAGAAUUGAAGGAGAAGUGAUGAAUUUCUAUGUUUUGAAACGUCCAGGUGUUGAUGAGUUUCUCGAAUCCAUUUCGAAGGAAUUUGAAAUUGUUGUUUUUACUGCUGGAUUGAAAGAGUAUGCUUCACUUGUUCUUGAUAAAAUCGACCGGAAUGGGGUAAUUUCUCAUCGACUUUUUCGAGAUUCGUGCAAGGAAAUGGAUGGAAGAUUUGUGAAAGAUUUAUCCCAAAUUGGAAGAGAUUUGAAAAAUGUAGUACUUGUUGAUGAUAACCCUAAUGCAUAUAUUUUUCAGCCUGAUAAUGCACUUCCUGUGCGUCCGUUUAUUGAUGAUCUCCAAGAUAGAGAACUCGAAAAUGUCAGGAGAUUUUUCGAAGGUUCCGAUUGUUUUGAAGAUAUGAGAGAUGCUGUUAAGAAGUAUAUCUGGGAAGGAGAACAGAAACAACAAGUUCUAGAAAUGUUUUGAUUUUGUAUUUUCAUUUCAUUUGUCGAAAUCUCUUUUGUGGUUCAAAUUACAGUAGUGAACCAUAUUGUUCAUUAAUCUACUGGUGUAACAAGAUAAUUGUUACUUUAGCAUCCAAAAUUUCUUAAGACUGAUUCAGUCCUUGUGUCAUUUGCUUUUCUUAAUUCAAAAUUCUUUUCCGAAGAAAUCAUUUCCUAAUCGAUCCAUUUGAGGAUCGAUUUCACUGAUGCUGAUGCUAUCAACAUCAAGGUAUGGUGAAGAUAGAUUGUCCUAAAUUAUUUCUUAAAGUUUCAAUCUUUUUAUUUCUCUA